GCUGGCCCGAACGCCUCGAGGUCGCGGCGUUCCCCGGCGCCUCGGGCCGCCCUCCAGUAGCACUGCGGACGCGCUCCCGGCCAUGCGGGCGCUGCGGGCUGCCCUGACCCUGGCGCUGGGCGCCGGCCUGGGCGCGGCGGCCGAGGGCUGGCGGCGGCGGCGGGCAGAUGCGCGGCCGGCGCCGGGGCUGCUGGGCCGGCUGCCAGUGCUGCCCGUGGCGGCGGCGGCCGAGCUGCCCGUCGUGCCCGCCGGACCCGGGGCCCUGGCGGGCAGCGGCCCCGGCGAGCUGGCCAAGUACGGGCUGCCCGGGCUGGCGCAGCUCAAGAGCCGCGAGUCGUACGUGCUGUGCUACGACCCGCGCACCCGCUGCGCGCUCUGGGUGGUGGAGCAGCUGCGGCCCGAGCGGCUCCGCGGCGACGGCGACCGCCGCUCGUGCGACUUCCGCGAGGACGAGUCGGUGCACGCGUACCACCGCGCCACCAACGCCGACUACCGCGGCAGCGGCUUCGACCGCGGCCACCUGGCCGCCGCCGCCAACCACCGCUGGAGCCAGAAAGCCAUGGACGACACCUUCUACCUGAGCAACAUCGCGCCCCAGGUGCCCCACCUCAACCAGAAUGCCUGGAACAACCUGGAGAAGUACAGCCGGAGCUUGACCCGCACCUACCAAAAUGUCUAUGUCUGCACAGGGCCGCUCUUCCUGCCCAAGACAGAGGCUGAUGGGAAAUCCUACGUGAAGUACCAGGUAAUCGGCAAGAACCACGUGGCAGUGCCCACCCACUUCUUCAAGGUGCUGAUCCUGGAGGCAGCAGGCGGGCAAAUCGAACUCCGCUCCUAUGUGAUGCCCAAUGCGCCUGUGGAUGAGGCAAUCCCGCUGGAGCGCUUCCUGGUGCCCAUCGAGAGCAUUGAGCGGGCCUCGGGGCUGCUCUUUGUGCCAAACAUCCUGGCAAGGGCCGGCAGCCUCAAGGCCAUCACUGCAGGUGGCAAGUGAGGGCAGCAGCCCAGCCAGACGGAGGGGGUGUGGGCUGGGUCGGAUUAAAGAUGGUUAUUUUUGGAGAAC